AAUUUUUCCAGCCAAGGAAAACCAAUGCGAAAUGUACAGCGCAGCACAACGAAGGCGUGCAAGAUUGGGUGACAACGUUGUUGUCCUUGGACGGAGAGGGAGACCCGAACGAAGAAAACCCACCAUCAAGAUGGCGAUGUUUUUGGCCCCCACGCCUGACAGAGUCCCUACUACGUUUCUUGAUUCGGCGACAUCAACAUCAUGUGCGAACCUUCGCCUUGAGGUGCCUCCCCUUCCCCUUCACAUUUCCAGAUGCGCUCUCAGAUCUACUGUUGUUGGGAGUCAAAACCCGGGGCACCUGCAGAGCAGAAACAGGGGUCGAACUUGGAUUGACAGCUUCCCCCUCAAGAGAGAGUUUUCUUGUUCUUGCUCUUCUUGUUUUUUUCCUCUGGGGCGUGAUUAUGGGGAAGAGGUCUUGGGUGUGCACCGUUUUUACUCAGGUGUGUCUCUGCAUCGCCCUCUAUUUUGCUCUGAACUUGGGCCAGUCUCGGGAACGCGGGGGUUAUACCACCAAGAGUGUCAUCAGAAGCGGUGGUGGAUUUCUUGAUUCUUACUUCGUCACUGUCCGGGGUGGAUUUAGAGCGCCCAAUGAGCAGACGCGGCUCUUAAAACUGAUGGAGAAGGUGUCAAGGACAUAUGACGCAGCAUUUGUUAUCAACAUCAGCGAACUUGGUGAAGAUGACCCGCUUAUGCAGAAUGGUACACAAAAUUACCAAUCGCUGAAAAUUCCAUGGUACACCACUAAAGCUUCAAAAGGAGGAAGAAGUUAUUUCAGAGAGCAGAUGAAAAUUCCUUGUGGGAAAAUCUUAGACUUAAUUGGUUUAGAUACUGGCCUUUUUAAGGGUUCUGUGAUGAUGGGAUCAUCAGAGGGGCUUGGAGAGGAGCAACUUAAAUGGCUCACGAGGAUCCUAGAGGAAACAACUGGUGAAUGGCGCAUAAUCGCAGGAUUUCUUCCUCUGACUUCCUGCCAAGAAAGUAAGGGUCUAUUUGAAGCAAAGGCAGAUCUUGACCCUUUGAGGAGCGUCUUUUCCACUUAUGGAGUGAAUGCAUACUUAAGUGGAAGGGCUGGCAUGGAUCGUGUUCCCCAAGGCGGUGUUAGCUACAUUGGCAACCCUGGCCAAUUAUAUAAAAAAUCUAAUUCUGCUUCAUCUCAGGGAACAUCAUCAGUCUUUUGCAGAGAACUUGCCGAUGGGUUCCUUCUUCACAGAGUCACCCCUCUUGAAAUACCGUUGGCAGGUGACUUAUUUUGUUAACUCGUCCGGGGAAGCUGUGUACAAAACUGUGCUCCGGCACCCUGGAAAGGAGGUCAUGUGAGUUCACUAGUAGCCGGAAUGUGCAAGUUCAUUGAUCAGACAGAUUUCUUGUAAAUGAGCCGUCACGCAAAUCUUCUCGAGAUACUUAUCGUCUUCAUUUGUCGGCCCCGCGCUCAACGAGCAAUUCUUGUGAGGACGGUUCCGCAUGUCUUGGGAGCCUCUCAGCCAUUUUUUGAUAGCAGAGUUGAGGAUGUAUUUGGUUCUCUUUCUUGCAUAGCUGAGUACUUCAUUGAGGUUUUUCUGCAAUUGUAAAUUAGAAAGCGCAUUGCUGAUCAGUAUGGAGUCAUGAUCUUUUUCUUUAUUCAUUGUUGUAUCCAGUAAUUUAAGCUUGAAGCUGAUCAUUACAAAAGACAUGUCUAGCUUUCCCUGUAAUGACAUCUUGCAAAGCCUGUAGGAUGAGUUUAGCAGCUUGCAUUUUCGCAA